UUUUCCAUAUCACUGUUUUCUAUUUUUUGGGGUCAAAAGCAACAGUUUUUGGGAGCCCAAUGCUCAUGUUACUGCUUCAUCAUCAUUAUGAGUUCCCUUAUUUCUCUCCUCCGUAACACCUCUACUUUAGUUUCCCCACUUUGCUUUCUACUUCUUCUGUCUUCAACCUCUUCCCUCUAUCAGGGUUUAUAUUUUGAAGAGAAAACAAGGCUGGGAUCAACUCCUCCAAGAUGCCACAACAAGUGCAAUGGUUGCCACCCUUGCAUGGCAGUACAAGUUCCUUCACCAUUUCAACGAGCUGAUUCCAGCAAAGCCAUGGAGGUUUUUGGGCCAGCAUCAGCCAAUCAAUACUCCAAUUACAAGCCUCUUGGUUGGAAAUGCCGCUGUGAUGAUCACUUUUACAACCCUUGAAAAAAAGAUCAAAUCUUUUAGUACCUAAAAGAAAAUCGUUUAAUAGGAUAUUUAGGUAAAAAAAAGAAUACAUUAUCAUGGCUUAUAAUCAUUAUGUAUAGAAGUUGCAUCUGGCAACAGUUUCCGUGAGUGCUUUGUUUUUUUAUUUUUG